UUGACGUUCAGUUCAAUUUCUUCAACAAGUCAGAUAAAUAUUAUCCUAAUUCCAACUGUUUUAGAAGAUUAUUCCAAAUUUUCGUAGUUUAAUCUCGCCAUAAAAUCGAACAGUGUAAAGAUUCAAGCUCUAUAAAUUGAAAGCAAAUUAAAAUGUCGUCGACUCAUAUUUUCAAUGUAGAAAUGACUUGCGAAGGCUGCUCAGGAGCAGUGGAGAGAGUUCUCAAUAGGCUCAAGGGCCAAGGGGUAGACACUGUGGCCAUUAGCUUACCAGAACAGAAGGUUUCUGUAACCUCAACACUUAGUGCAGAUCAGCUAUUAGAGGUCAUUAAAAAAACAGGCAAGAAGACUACAUAUGUUGGAACACAGUAACUACAAAUAAUCAGAAGCAUAAAAUAUGAUUGACUGGAUAAGACUUAUUUGUGAAACCUGGGGAAGGCUCCUAAAUAAUGAUGUUACUUGCAUUUUGUUACACUUGAUAGAAAUGGUUAUCUAUUUUGAUUGCUCUCAAGUGCAUUUUCUAUGUGAAAUCAUUUUAUGGAAGAUCGUGCCAUCCUUAUCCUUCUCUAGUUUCUGAUUCAAUAUUUCCCAGUUUUUAAGGCAAGUAAAUACCUACUAUUAAAAUCUUUACCCUAAUCAUUAUGUUCACUGUCAAUGCCCCAUAUAUGGGUAGCCUCUAUUACAAAGUUGUGAGGUUAACAAUUCAGAUUGGGACUGAAUGUGUCAACCCAUAGCAACAUAUUUGCCAUCAUACAGUUUGAAAUUGAAUGACUAAAAAGGAAUGUGAAAUGGUUUGAGGGUAGAACCUUGUCAUAAUAUUAUAUAAACACAGUGCUGAAAUUAAACUAUUUAUAUAACAAUGUUUCCAUAUAAAAUAAUUUUGUUCCAACUACUACAAUUGCUGUGAGAGUCAGAAUGGUGGGUGUACCUAAAUAAAAUCAAAUGAAAAGCGUACCAUAUUUUUGUACCUAAUUUGUACUAUUUAGUACCUCCUUUAAAAAAAAUUGUACCUCACGGUACAUAGUUAUCAUCAAAAAACAGGUUACCCGCCAUCCUGACAGUCAGAAUUGCGGGUGUACUUUAUUACGGUAUGUUCCCGUGGUUAUUGAUAAAAUCUUUAAAUGCCAAAUUUUUGUACCUUUUUUGUACUUUCACAUUCAAUUAUAAUAUGAGCCAUUUUAUUUGUGGUUUCCAAGUUAUACUCAUUUUAUAUUUUGCUUGCUAUUACAGUUUUGCAGGCGUUAUAGUUUUUCACGUUAUCGAUCUCAUUUUAAAAAAAAACGCUAAUGUAGAAUUAUUUUAAUUACGCCAGGAUUUAGUACCUUUAAUGUUUAAUAUGUUAAGUUCACAUAACUCAGAAAAUCAUGUCUUAGAAAAGAGCAGGCGCAAUUUCAAAGAAAUCUUCCUAAGAAAAAUUAUGCACUUAAAUGUUCGUUUUUCACUCUCUAAGGAAUAAGGGCUCUAAAUCAAAUAAAAGCCGCAAGUUAUGCGUGUUUGUCGGAAUAUUAUUGUGAUGAGCUUUAUACUUCUUUGCGUUUUUUCUUAAAAAUGAGAUCAAUAACGUGAAAAAUUAUAACGCCUGCAAAAUUGUAAUAGCAAGCAAAAUAUAAAAUGAGUAUAACUUGGACACCACAAAUAAAAUGGCUCAUGUAGCGAAAAUCGCAUACUUACAGGAAACCUGCCUAGGGGGCCGCUGGCAGUGAAUGUGUUAUAUUUUAUUUGGUUGUAAAUAUUUACUACUGUUAGUGCAGAUAUUUCCUUGUGACAAAAAUAUUACAGACAUAUAUAAAACUAGUUAUUUAAUAUUUGUACAGUAUUUUAAUAAAUAUAUUUUUUGAAUAUA